AUGACGACGGCGAAUGGAAUAUUAACGGAGGGAUGUGUGAAUAAAUUACCUUCAAGGCAAAUGUAUAAGAAGUUGGAGGGGGAUGGUCAAGGUAAAUGUGAUGAAGAAUGGGAUGACGCAAAGAAAGUGAGGAUGCAGCUGAAAUCGUACAACAUACCAGAAAAUGCUUGUAGUAAAAUUAUGAGUACACUAUGUUAUAUAGAAAGGUUAAGGAGGAGCAGCAGCGAUAAUGGGAUUCCAGAGGAGUAUAAAUUUUUUUAUUAUCACGUGGGUGACAUAUUAUUGAGAGCAGAUAAAGAUUCGAUGUUCGAGCAAUAUAUGGAUAAAGUGAGUAGCAUUAUAGCGGUGUAUGCGAGUGAAUUGUCCAAACAUUUCUGGACCCCCGAUAGUACCGUUAAGGUCGACUUCCCAACACGCAAAACAGUAUUCGAUUAUUACAAAGACAAAAACACUAUACAGGAUCAACUGAAUGGGGGGAAACAGCAGUGUAAUGCUAAAUAUCAUGCACACUUAGAAGCCAUAGAGAAAGCCUAUGAAACUGAGCAUGGAAAAUGUAGUGGCAACAGAAGCAGUGAUUGGUGUACUAAAUUUAAAACAUAUUUCCCAGAUUAUGAAACUGAUGGUAAAGACAGUUUAGACUUAAAAUGUGAGCAGGUGGAUAAUGGAAGUUCCCUCUCAAGUAGCGACUGUGCGCUGGACAUUAAAAAUACGAAAGAGAAUGAGGGGGCUACUAUUACAUAUCGCACGGAAGAAACACCUGCCCCGGAACUCGAUUCCACAUCCAGUUCAACAAGUUCCUCACAUCAACCUUUCUCUUUUAAUAACUUCUUUUCUAAUGAAAACAAUAUGGUUACAUUGUCUUCUGCUAUGGCUGGAACAGUUGCAAUUCCAUUAAUUGGUUCCCUUCUAUAUAAAUAUACUGAUAUAUUUGAUGGAAUAAAAAACUCCCUCUUUGGUGGCAGCAAUAAUACAGGAGGAAGGAGUAGGGGAAGAAGAUCUACUUUUCAACACAAUGAUCAACAUUUUGACGGCUUGGAUUCUUCUACAAUGGGAGACGAUUCUUCCACCUUAGGUGGUAGCUCCACCGAUAUUUCUACCAUCUAUAAUGAUGAUGAUGGAGGACGACGUCGACCAACCGGAAGAGGAAGAACACAGGCAGGAAUAAAUAAUGGAAGACCAGGAAAUAUACGUUAUUAUGCUACAUAA